UACAAACAACAGCGACAUCAGUAUCAACGUCGAUAUCGAUAUCAAGCAGUAUCUCUCGACAUGUGACAAUUGGCCAGAUGGAAGACUCACCAUCCUCUUGGGCUUCUGACCCUCAAGUCUUCCUUCGUCGACAGAGACCAGCACUCGAUCCCCCUACUCUCCCGCGGAGGCGGUGGUUGAUAAACAGUCAAAGCUUCUGAUCGAAUCCUCCUUCCUCCUAAUAAAAAAAAAUACGAAGCUAAGACGGGCAACCGCAUCUUUAGUACAGGCUUGGACUCGGCCGACUCUGCAGAAGAGCGUCAUAACAACAGACGAGGCGGGCUGCCUAUUUUAAGAUGUAAGUUCGCGAAUCAUAAAGAUCCUACUCCAAUUCGUAUAAAGAGUCUGCCGUUUUCAUUCUACCUCAUCUUCUAUCGUUUUACAUAUCAGACAACACAUCACAUCAUGAAGACAUACACUCUGGCUGGCCUAUUGGCCUCUCCCCUCGCAGCCAUGGCAGCACCUGCCUGGGUCAUGGUCGCCUACAAUGAGAGCGUACCCGAAAUCCACGGCAAGCCCAUCAACGCCGACAGCGGUUCAUUCUGGUUGAACAAGGAUGCCUCAGCCACCUGCCCCGACUACGACCCCGAAUGCCCAGCCACAAACACCACCAUCAUUUCCGGCCCCGUAGCUGGCAUUGGCGGCUGGUACAUGGGUAUCCUCCAACCAGGCGGUCAAGAAAUGACUGCUCCCGGUCUCGACAGCACCGUCGGUGGCCUUCCUCUCAAAUACGAGGCAGUCGGUGCCAGAGACAUUGGCGUCGGUGUCUGGGACCUUGCUCGUAACUCGCAUCCCGGUAUUGUGCUUGACAACAGCACCAUCAGCACACUCGGCGCACCCACCAUCCGCACAGCAACUGGGGUCCACCCGUACACCUGGAUGGCAUGCCCUUACCCGAGAGUCUACCCCGAACCGUCGCUGGAUCAGGUCGACCUCAGCCAGCCUAUGACCAUCCAAACCGUAACCAUUGGAGACGAAAACUACCCUCACUGUGUGCGUCUGGAGAUCACCCUUCAUCCUACCACAAUGGCUGCACCUCAGUACUAUUACUGUAAGGGUUGUCAGUGGAGAUGUGACAACAUUUACGGUGAUUCGGUUUGCAACUACAACAAGAAGCCUGCAUGCCUUGAGCCAUACUGUGGUCCUUACACCAAUGAGACCAAGACGGACAAGGUUUAAUAGACACUUACUGCACAAUAUCGUUGCCACAGGAGUUUGGUCCAACGUCUUGCCUGUUUGUUUCUGCUGCAGUUAUGGGAGAUGGAUGAAAAAUAGUAAUGAUAAUGCAUUCGUCAUGACGAGUAACUUUUGCCACUGCAUCACUCAACUCCUUGUUGCUGAGUCUUUGCUAAUGAUACAUGUGUCUGGAGUUAUGAUCAAGAAUGUACACGCAGUUAGUGAUCAUCGUACAGAAAGGGAGCUUGAACAAUUGACAGUAGCAUGUCCGACCUAGUAGAAGGAUCAUCUCGAUACUAAUCAUCCACCAGUACUGUCCCCUGCCCACCUUUCGUCCGAAAUCAUACGCCCACUGAGCCUUCCCGAGCAAUCUAAACUUCAAGCAUCCUUCUCAUGCUCAAUAAG